AUGGAUGAGAAUCAAAAUUUCAAUUUUAAGAAUAUAUUUCCUGAAUGUAUAAAGGAUUUUAAUGAUAUUGAAAAUGAUAUUGGAAAUAAUAUAUAUACAAACGUUUUUUAUAAGGUUUGCUUGCACAUUAAUACACAAUUAGGGUUAUGGGGAUCUGGCUUUAAUAAUAUUUGUGUUUAUUUAUGUAAUUACUUAAAACAUAUAAUAACUAAAAACCCCAAUGAUGUAAGAUCAUAUUGUAUAUAUUUCAAUUAUGUGCUAAAAAGUGAACUAAAAUAUUUAGAGACAUCAUGUAUUGGAGAAAAAGCAUGUUACAAAAAAAUGAUAGAAGUGUACAAAAAGAAUGGAAUGUAUGAUAUGGAUAUAUGUUAUUCUUAUGUAAACAAUCUUCAAGAUAAUAUAUAUAAAAUAUUGCAUAUCCUAAACGCAUUAUAUAAUUAUCAUGAAAAAUUAAAAACUGGUAGUAUAACAUGCACGUCUGAUAGUCAAUGCUUUAAGAAUUAUACUGAUUUUAUACGAAAAUGUAAUGAUAUGAAAAAUAAAAGUUUAAAUAAAGUUAUGGAAAUUGUUAAGGAUAAAUAUAAAGAUUACAUUAAGAACAAUGAUGAUUCCUCAGAUUUCUCAGAACAAUUAGAUACCUCCUCAAGGAUAAGUACACCAAAGUUAAUUUUAAUUAUAUGUAUUAUUACUCUUGCAAUACCAUUUAUUGCUUUUAUUCUGUAUAAUAUUACACCAUGUCGUUUAUAUUUAGAAACAAAGAUAAAGAUGUUAAAAGAACAAUGGAAUAAAAAAAGUAAGCAUAAUUUAAAAUUAUUGAAUUCCUUUGAAAGCGAUUUUGAAGAAUUAAUAGAUAAGUGUUCCCCAAUAGCAUAUAACGCAUUACGCUACUCCUAA